AAGCAGGUCUCUUUGCGCGGUUCAGUUGACCGUUAGGUACUUAUAAAACCAAAAAUUCUGAAGGCAUCCAUCUUCAUCCAACUCUCGAACUCAGCCUUUCUUCUCAGAAUUUCAUUGAUGAGUCGCGAUGCCAAGACUUUCAGGUGACAUGGAAUUAACUUGGUGUGGGAUGAAUUCACCUGCUGUUUCACACCAUUGGAAAAUUGGCCGUCCUAAAAGGCGUGGAAGAAAUUUUGAUGUGCUUUUACAGAAAACCGAAUAUUUAUAUGAUAUGAGAGAUUCUGUCAAGCGAGAGCAAGUGAAAGAAUUGAUGCAUGGAACAAAUGAGACAAUGAAAUGCCACAGAUGGCUUAACAAGGAGAUCGAGAUCGAAGGGUGUGUUAAUGACAUGGUAAGAUUGAAUCAGGAGAAUACGAGUGUUUCAAUGUUUUCUUGUAUGAAACUACCAAGUGGUGAUCAUAUGAACACACUUGAUGAGAUUACUUGCCAUUUAGAGAAUGCUCCACUGGGGCACCAUUCUCAGGCACUGCAUAGGGCAGCAAAGACAUUGACCAGUGGAAGAAUUGGGGGGGAAACUUAUGGACAGGGUGAAAAAACUAAGAAUCUGAACCAGAGAAGAAAGUUUCAGGGAGAAGGUGAAUUAGAUGUAGAAGUUCUUGCACAGGGGAAAAAAGCUGCGCAGAGGGAAGAGGUUUCAUCACUUGGCGAACUGGAUGCAGAACCUGAAACCAUGGUAUUCACUAAAGCAUCGCAUGAUUCAGCGGCUCUUUCACCACAUUUGAUAAAGGAGACAUUAAGCAGUCCAAGAAUCGAAAGCAAGAUAUAUGAACAAAAAGAACAAAAUGAAAAUAGUAUUUUUAGGAAGAUGAGGAGACAUAUACCUGUAAAGCCUAGAAUAAUUAACACAUCACCAUCAUCAUUUAAAUCUAUGGUUGAGGCUUUAACAGGAGUAGGAUCAACUUUUGGACUUAAAGAUGAGGUGGCUCCUUCUACAUCAGGUGAUGAAGAGGUGUUAAGUGAGAAAGUAACUACAGCAGUUACAGAAUCUUUGCCAGCUGCAGAUAAGGUUCCUAUAUCAGAGAUAGAAAUUGUGACCGAAGAUACAUCACCAAUGGAUGAAUCUGAUAAUCAGCAAACUUCUGUGACAGUUUCUGUUGGAAAUGAGGGGAUGCAGUCCAUUGAUGAGGUUAAUUAUACCGAGACCGAAGAUAAACCUAAGACAGAGAUUGUCAGGAGAUCAAUUGAGAGAACUGUACUGAAGAUCCUGAGAUGCUUGAGUGAUGUUAUGGCUAAAAAAAUUGGUGUUCAUGGAAUUGGUGGGAUUGGAAAGACUACUGUGCUGAAGACACUAAUAAAUGACCCCAGAACAAAGAGCAUGUUUGACUUGAUCAUGUUGGUCACUCUCUCAAGAUCUUGGAGCGUGAGGAAGAUCCAAAAUGUGGUUUUAAGACAAUUAUCAUUAUGUCAGGAAGAUUCUGAAGCUGAUUCUCAAGUUGCUGAAAGAUUAUUCCAAGUUUUAAGUAGGAAGAAGUUUUUGUUACUUCUAGAUGAUGUUUGGGAGAAGCUUGAUUUAGAGGCAGUUGGUAUUCCUGAUCCCAAUUUAGAAAACGGCUGCAAGAUACUAAUGGCAUCUAGAAAAUUGGAUGUUUUUCAUGACAUGUAUGUAGUUAAGGUGAUUGAAAUGGAUGCACUCUCCAGGGAGGAAGCUUGGGAAUUGUUUUAUGAACAAGCAGGCAGAAUCAUUGCCUUGCAAAACAUCCAGCCGUUUGCUAAAGCUAUAGUUGAAGGUUGUGGUGGUUUGCCACUGUUGAUUAUUGUUACCGGAAGGGCAUUAAGUGAGGAAAAUGAUAUUUCUGUGUGGGAGCAUGCAUCAAGGAAAUUUUCACUGUCUACUGUGGGAACAUAUCUUGUUGAAGAUGUAAUCCAACUAUUAAAAUUCAGCUUUGACCAAUUGAAGGAUCAUGAAACAAAGAGUUUUUUCUUGCAUUGUUGCUUGUUUCUAGGAGAUGAGGAGGUUAAUAUUUUUGAAUUUAUUGAAUAUUGUUUCCAGGAAGUUAUUAUUACUGGUAGUUGGGCUGAUGCACAUAAAAGGGGACUCGAUAUUGUUGAAUUUCUGAUACAUAAUUAUCUGUUGCAACUUACUGAAGGUGAUGAUUCCAUCAAAAUGCAUGAUUUGAUUAGAGAUUUAGCUCUGUCAAUUUUGUCAGUGGCAGAAGGUAGUCAGUAUCUAUUGCCAGCUUAUUCAAGAUUAACAGAAACAUCAAAUCCUGGAAAUAGUUUGUCAUCCAGAUCACUUGAUAGUCUGGAAGGCAGCAGACUAUUUAUUCCUGAAGGUCAUCAAUUCUUACUGAAACCUGGUGCAGGUCUAACUGAACCACCUUCAGAGGAGGAAUGGACACAGGCCAAGAUGAUUUUCUUGAUGGAAAAUGAGUUAAGCAGUCUGCCUGAGCGACCUAGUUGCCCUGAACUUUUGACAUUGUUCCUACAAAGAAACUAUCAGCUGAGGGUUAUACCCAUGUCUUUUUUUGACCGCAUGAAUUCCCUCGAAGUGUUGAACCUGUCCAAUACCAGAAUCAAGUACUUGCCACAGUCAAUUUUUAAGCUUAAAAGCCUCAAAAUUAUCAUUCUACGUGAUUGUGAACGUCUUGCUGUCCUCCCCUCAGAAGUUGGAUCACUUAAAUGUUUGGAGGUACUUGAUCUCAAAGGCACUCAAAUUAGCAAAUUACCUGAUGAAGUUUGUCAAUUAGCCUCCCUGAGGUAUUUGGAGGUAUACUUUUAUGGAUCAAUCAACCACAAUGAGUAUGCUAAUUUGCCACGUGAAUUAAUUUCAACUGGAGUUAUGUCGGGGUUGCGCUCAUUAGAAACUCUAAGUAUUGUUAUGUACCCAGGAGAUCAAAGGUGGUAUAAGGAUGUACAAUCUGUCAUAGUUGAUAUCAGCAAAUUGACAGAGUUGAGAUCUCUUUGUUUCCAUUUCCCAGAAGAAGAACUUCUUGAAAUUUUCCUCGAAAUAAGCAUAGCAUGGAAAGCUCAACAAUUAAAUAAGUUCAAAUUUGUGGUUGGUCAUGAUGUCAAGAGCAUUACCUCUCGGGUGCCAGAUUACUUGGAGUUUGAAUAUAAUCGGCAAAGUCGAUGCUUGAGAUUUGUAAAUGGUGAGAAUCUAUCUAACGCAAUCCUCAGAUCGUUAGCUCGUAGUACUGCAUUUCAUCUAGAUAAUCACCUUGACAUUCGCAGUCUAACCAACUUUGGAAUCAAUAAUGUUAAUGGGUUGAAUUUUUGUAUAAUAAGUGAAUGUUGCAAAUUUGAGACAGUUGUGGAUAGCAUGGAACUGACGGAGCCAGUCUUUCCCAUCCUGGAGAACUUAAGUCUUCAUCACUUGUGGAAUUUGACUCAUAUUUGGCCGGCAGUUUUACCAGAAGAAAGCUUUGCUAGGCUAAAAAUUUUGUCAGUGCAAGCAUGUCCAAAGUUGAAAUAUAUCUUUAGCAGUUCAUUGAUUCAUUUUUUCUCCAACUUAGAGGAGUUGGCUGUCAAAGAUUGUCCAGCAGUUGAAGAAAUCAUAUGCCAGAGUGAGAUAACUGAUUCUGGUAACAGUGCACUCCCCAGUUUGAAGAAACUAACACUUCACUAUCUACCCAAAUUAGUUAACAUUUGGACUAAAAGUUGUACCUCUUUAGAACAUAUCAGUUUCUUUGACUGCCCUAACUUUAAGAGGAUUGGUAAGGAUUCCAUUUCGAAACAAGCAAUUACAAAGAUUAAGGCAGAGAAGAGUUGGUGGGAUGCGUUAGAGUGGGAAGAUACUGAAUUGCGCUUGUGUCUUCAAGAGAAUUUCAUCACUAUUUGUGAAGAUGAUCUGUAGACUCUACAGUAAAUACCAUUCAGACUUACAUGAUAAGUUAGUUUUACAUGUUCAUUGUUGUGAUAGCCCAGGGGCUUCAAUCUAGUGAUCUUCUAUCUUUGAUUUCUUGUAAAAGAUAAUGUUUGAAUACUAAAAGAGACAUUGAACCA